AAAAAAAAAUGGACCAAAUAUCUUUCACCUGAACUUCGCUUAAAUUCUUCAAGAUUUAAAAUUUUCGUGGAGUGAAUUUUUAAUUGUGGUUGACAACGGGCUAAUCGUUCUCUGUCCUUAAUUUAAUAGUGCUGCCAUACAGUUUUUGAGACCAGGCUGCCAUACCGCAACCACUUGCAGCACUAUAUUCGAUGUAUUCGAUAUAAUUCGAUAAUAUGUUGAUAUUUGGUUUUAUAAUUUUUUGCUGAUAACUCGCUUGUUUUCUUAUUUGUGGGUGGAACUUUGCCUCAUUUGGCAUACUUGAAGUUCCUUGGCACCAGUCAGCUGAACGUUUCAUGGCUAACCGUGAUGUAUUCUCAAAAAUCCUGCCAAAUGUCAAGUUGGCCACUCGAUACGAUGAAGACGGACGCGAAGUUCAGGUGGAGAGUCGCGAGGACUCGGAUGCGACAGCAAAGCAGCAGGACACUUUCGACAUUCUAAUGGACGCCGGCUACUAUCGGGCCCGCAUCAAAGGCCUGUCCGCCUUCGACAAGGUUGUGGGCGGCAUGACUUGGUGCAUCGAAUGCGCCGACUAUGACGAGGACGUGGAUCUGCUUUUCCACGAAAGUCUAUCGAUUGGCCAAAAAAUAGCUCUCGUGGAAAAGAUUGUUUCGGUUCUGAUCGAUAUGAAGUGUCCACAUAGCUUGGAGCCGCAUCCGGUGCAGGGUCUGGAGUUUUUAGCCAUUCAUCCCGUCAUCCAGUGGCUAGUGAAGACUUCGGUGGAAAAUCGAGCUGUGCGUGGACAGCGCUUGAAGAAAUUUGCCAUUGGAGUGUUCCACAAUCAUUAUCAGUAUAAAAGCGACAAAGACAAUUUGACCAAAAUACGUUGUUUGCUCCAGUUAGACAGUCUUCAACAUAGAAAUCGGUUUUUAAUGUUGUUGAUCCUACUGGUAGUCUGUCUUUGUAUUGUAUUGCCAAAUGAUCCAGACAUUUCGUUGCUAGGAACGGAGCAGCUGUUGUCCCAUAUGUUACUGUUUUCAGGCGAUAGUACCUGAUCUCUUCGGAUGGAUUGUUUCUCCAGACUAUCAUCUGAUGGAAUUGAUCCUCCGGAUUCAUCCACACUUGCCGGUACAUCUUUUCUAUGUCCGCUGUGAAUACGUACUUAUGAAUUCGAAAUCGUAGCAGAAUGGACAUAAGUUCGCUCUGAACGGUGGGUCCAGCCUGCAGAAUGUCGUUCAAAGAUUACCCGCUUGUUGAUUUGCAUGAGGCAUCGAAUACUACCCGAAGCUUUGUGGUGGUGCUCUCAGGUUUGAGUACACAAUGAUGUGGAAUGAAGUAGUGCCUUUUGGGAACUUUUGAUGCUGGCACAAUAUUCAUAUGUCCUAGUCCUUCAUACUCUUCCAUGAAGUCCAGCUCUUCCAAGUUUCCAACGACUCCCACAGGGCUGAAGGGUGUUCGGAAAAUGGGAGCUUUAGAAUAAAACGGCCGUCUGAAGCUGUCUGAAGAUUUUCUAUAAAAUGAGCUUCGCACCGUGCUUCCACUGGAGUGCGUGGUUUGUCUUCCGUCUCUAGAUUGUCCAGAGUCCAGAAUCUUUCCAUGAGCUCGUUUACUCCCGUUGCACAAAUGGGUGAGGAAUUGUGGGCAGAUUUGACUUUUCCUGCCACAAUCCAUCCCAGUUUCGUGUUUUGUUGCAACGGGCCUCCUGUCCUUAGCUGCUGUUGAUCUGGUAGCAGCAGCGAGUAGUAAUGGUCGGCUCCGAUUAGCAUGUCGAUUUUGCCUGGCUUAUGGAAGUUUGGAUCUGCCAGUGAGAUCUUGCUUGGUACGUUUAAGCUCUCUGAAUCGAGUGCCUGAGCUGGUUGAUCAGCUAUAAUCUGUGGUAAUACGAAAGCUUCAAUUCUUUGCGUAAAACCAUUGUGAAGGUAUUUCAUGAGCACAUUUACUCGUGCUCUGCUGGUCUUUGAUUGACCUCCAAUUCCUUCGAUCCGUAAUGUUGUGUCUUUUAGUUUGAGUGACAACAUUGAUGCUAUUCGUUCUGAG